AUGCUCGUUAGGAUCAUGAGAAAGCUCAAGACUUCAAACGAUAACAAAGGACAGUUUACUUUUAAGAUGAUGAGUGAGAUACCGCAGCUUCUUGUUCAUGAUCAUCAUUCAUCAUCCUUGAGGUUUGUAAAACCAAGAACAGACAAGGAAGUAGCCAAGGUUCAAGACUCCUCCUAUGACUAA